GUCAUUGGUCACGGUUGUGUGGAGUUAUCUGUGCCACCUCUUACUCUGAAAAACUCGGGAUCGGAAGUCUCUUCCUUGUUUUUGCCUGCAGAUCACACGGCACCGUGGGUGUAUUAUAAGAGCGGGCAGCCAGAGAGGCUCCGCCGUCUCCAGUGUCCGGACCGGUCAUGAUUCUGCGGGCUGCGGUGCUGCUGCUCGGACUCGUGCUGUCGUGCAGGGCAGACUUCGCACCACCCACACUCAACAUCAGCCUGGAUGAUGAUCCAGAUGUGCGGUGGAUGCCGCUACUGAAAGUGUUUGACUUAGACUACCUCAAAAAAGCUGCUGCAGAGAUCAUUGACUCCACAGUUCCAAAAUGGGUGCAUCAUGCUAUUGCUCCUGCUGUGAUGUCCUUGGAAAAGUACCUUCCUCAGCCUUACGCAGGAGAGAUUCGUGGCAUGGCCUCACACUUUGGUGGAAGUGUUUCGGAUGUCAUCCUCCUCAACUUUGCCUAUGAAAUAUCUGCAUUUUGCACUAGCAUCGUAGCUCAGGACAAAAAUGGGCACGUGUACCACGGCAGGAAUCUUGAUUAUCCACAUCCUGUUCUGAGGAAUCUGACUGUCAACAUAAUUUUCCUCAAGAAUGGAGAGGUGGCGUACUAUGGAACUUCUUUUGCUGGCUAUGUUGGUUUGUGGACAGGACAGAGUCCAAACAAGUUUACUGUCUCUGGUGACCAGCGAGGCAAUGAACGCUGGUGGAACUGGUGGAAGAAUUUGGUGUCUGCUUUCCUGUUGGGGAGAUCCCCAGUCAGCUGGCUGGUUAGAGAGACACUGGAGGAGGCAGACAACUUUCUGGAUGCAGUGAUGCGUCUCUCCAAAAUCCCCAUCAUCACAGGGGUGUAUUACAUUGUGGCUGGGGUGCGAGCAGAGGAAGGAGCCGUCAUCACCAGAGACCGAACGGGCCCCGCUGAUAUCUGGCCAUUGGAACCCGUGAAUGGAGCAUGGUACAGAGUAGAGACGAACUAUGACCACUGGCGUCCUCCCCCAGCCAGGGAUCAUCGGAGGGAAGCAGCCAACAAAGCAUUAAAUGCUACGGGCCAAGAUCAUAUCAACAUGGAUACACUUUAUCAGGUUUUGUCACUGUUUCCAGUGUGUAAUGGAAUUACGAUUUACACAACAACAAUGAGUGCAGCAGCCCCUGACAAGUAUAAUACACUUGUCAGGCCACAGGGCUGCCAUAUGACUGACUGAACUGACAGGCAUCAAGCAGUUGACAGCUAGCAGUUUUUUGCUGCAGUGUCCUUGUGUAUCUGAACUUCACAAACAUAGUUAUAUGCAGAUUCAUGAUCAUGUGGAGAUAUAAUCAAUAUUGUGGUAUACUCAUUGAGAUUAGAAGGGAACUGGGCUUCAGUAUUUUUACAUUAACAUUGCUUUUCUGCCUCCAAUAAAAUCAUUUUGUUUUGA